GUGAAUCGUGUUUUAUCUUUCUACUCUACUACAUGCACUUAGUUCCAUGUACUCAUACAUGUCACAUGUUUUGUGUUAUGUCUUCAGCUGUGGUUUUCAUGUGAAAACACAACCUUGAAAGCAAGAGGUGUUUGAUUGUGGCUGGAUUUUUUUCCAUUACCAAACCCACCACCUCCAAGUCUUUUAACUCUUAGUCUCUGAGAUUCACAAUUCACAAUGGGUUCCUUUAUACAUAGGAACAGCUUCAAUGUCUUCCUAAAGGACACUUCCACAAGCUUGGAUCAAAGUUUUGACCCUGUAAGGCUGCUAGAUUGCUUCCCUAGACUGUGGGACCAGUGACAUUAGUUCAGUCCACUGGCGUAUUAUAAACACUUUCCAUUCUGCCCAAAUGCAAAUAGGUGGAUCAAAUAUCCCAGUUUGGCAGGAUUGUGUAAAACUCACACAUGAUCCAACUCCAGCUAAAUAAGCCCUCCUAAGGGUCUUUUUCUUAGUCGUGUGGAUGAGAACUAUUUACUGUUCACUUAAGGUAAGAUUUGCCAACUUUGCACUUCAUUUUCCCAAGGAUCUGUGGGUUUCUCUUCUCUGUCUGCCCGUGUACUUCAAGAGGUAAACUGGAGAAGUCCUGACCCACUGAUAUUUCCCAGUUAAAUAAGUUCUUUGUGGACAGUGGUCGUUUUGUGCUGACCCGUCCUCUGAUUUCUCAGGGAUAAGUGACACUGAUUCCUUCCCUCUCCAAUGGAGGAUUGUGCUGCCGUCCACAAUAAUUCCUGUGUGAGUGGACACAAACUAUCGGGACAUGCUGUUCAGGUGCCAGCAAGGAGUCUUUGAGAAAGUGUGCGCUAGUGAGGUCACACUGUGGAUAAUACCAGUAUCAGUAGCGCAGAUAAAGCUGCCUGAGUGGCCUGAUUUGGGCGUAGUAGUGGCAGCUUUGGCUGGAAGGUAGCAUGGGAACAGAACGGGUAGAUCUAAAGUUUAGUGAGGCUUUAGAAGGGGAUGAGGAAAAGGAGGAUGUGCAAGACCCAGAUUACAGGUAUCGAAAAGAUGAAAUCUUCAAGCGGUUAAAGGUUACAACAUUUGCACAAUUGGUACUUCAGGUGGCCUCUGUAUCAGACCUGAAUGAAAGUGAUGAUGGCGAAUCACAUGGGCCAGAGGACAGUCUGUCAGUGGUGUCUGAUGCAGACCUCGAGUGUCUGUCUGAACACAUCAACGGCUCCCCACAGGCGUCACCUCUUUCAGAUCGGCAGGAUGACGGAUACACCCGGGAAAUGUGCUACUCUGCCAGGUCAACGCUGCUAAGCGUUAUUAGUGGUGUGGGAGAGCUGAACCUCGACAGGAACAACCAGAAGAUGAAGAAUGAGUCUGUGUUCAGCCCCGAACCAGCUGACAGGCCCUAUCCCGACUGCCCUUACCUGCUGCUGGACGUACGCGACAGGGACCAAUACGACCGCUGCCACAUCAUCAGCGCACACAGUUUCCCCAUAGCCACGCUCUCUCGAACAAUGAACCCCUACACCAAAGAAGUGCUGGAAUAUAAAAAUGCCGCAGGGAAGAUCCUCAUUGUGUAUGAUGAGGAUGAGAGAAUAGCCAGCCAGGCAGCCACUGUCAUGUGCGAACGAGGGUUUGAGAAUCUGUUUAUGCUGUCUGGAGGUCUCAAGGUAAUCGCUCAGAAGUUUCCAGAAGGGAUGACGACAGGCUCCAUCCCGACCUCAUGCCUGUCCUCUCCUACGUCAUCGAAGGUCAAGAAGAGUUCUUUGCCGCACCAGCCGUCGCUGGCCGCAGAGAGGAAGUGGCGGUUUACAUCAGACGAGCUGGCCAAGAUCCAGGAGCAGCUGGAGGAGAUACUCAUCCCCAGUAACUCCAACUCCCGCAUGUCCAGCCGCAUGUCAUCCAGCAGCUCCCAGUCUAAAGCAACCAGCGCUCAGAGUCGACGCAGUUCCUCUACAGCUGGGGGAGGGGACAGCGCCAGGAUUCAGAGCUGUAGACCCUGGAAAUAAAACCAUCACCCACUCAACCACACAGAUACUAACAAACAUACCUCCAACAGAAAGUCCAUUUAUUUCAGGGUGCAUUUUUCCGCUCCAUAAUUGUAAAGAAACACACCUCCGGUCCCAGUCUGCAAAAUAAUCCACAAUACUGCUUCAGUCAGAAGUGGAAAGGACACCACAUCUACUUUAUUAAAGCAACUUUGUUACGUACCCAUGUAUACUUGUGUUUCUGGCGCCCGCUAGCAUCUUUUAUUCCAGAAUUUCCUCUGACACAGAUGCUGAAUCUAGGUUUUGUGUUUUUCAGUUUAGGAAACUGCACACACCGGGGUAAAGUAAUUGACACUACACAAAACCUAAUUAACUAACUAAUUAAGACUGGAGAACAGUAUGAAAUUUACAAAUAAAAAAAUCUAUAGGAACAGAACAAAGAAGACUCAUCGGUAAUCAGUGUAAUACUGCACUGUCAAACUGUAGCAUUUUCCCAUUAACGUUUUCUGUAUAUGUAUUUUUGAAUGUCUGCACAGUGAUGAAUCUUUUUGCACUCAGAAUAAAUUUUCAUGUAACACUAUUCUCAUUAUGGCUUUCCUAAAAGAUUUUCUUUCCCUGGAUUAAAUGUGGACAUGACAUGAAGGAUGUGCUGGGAAUGUACAGUAUGUAUUCCAUGAGAUGUAAUUUACAGUAUAUAGAUAGUGUUACAGAGGUUGAUCCAUUUUGUAAAAUGAAGAAAAGCUGCGCUGUAUUUUUGUAAUUUUCUCCAUAUUGUCAGGAUGUCUUAUUGUGAUUUCUAAACCGGCGAUGCACCAAAAGCCUUUAUGUGCAACUUCGUCCGCUUAUGCUGUUACCUGACUCUGUGUGUGUGUGUGUGUGUGUGUGUGUGUGUGUGUGUGUGUGUGUGUGUGUGUGUGUGUGUGUGUGUGUGUGUGUGUGUGUGUGUGUGUGUGUGUGUGUGUGUGUGUCAAUCAAAGUACUGUAAUUUGCAAUCACACUUACUGAUUAGUUCAAGCCAAUCAUCACAAAAUCGCAGUUUCACUAGAGGAACACAAUGGGCUUUUUGUCAUGGCUGUAACAGAAUUACAUGUAGCACUUCAGCACCCACAAAUGCAUUCGUAAAACAGUAUUGUUGACUUGUGGCCUUUUGUUUUGUUGGCAUUGUAGUGACGUGUUGCAUGGUUCUUGGUUCAUUUUAAUGAAAUCACAGACUACACUCCACAGCCCUUUUUUGUGACAAGUAAUUUGUUUUCACCAUCAGUCUUAACUCACAUGAACCAUUUGAUCACAUGAUUUUGCUUGUAAAUGGAUUUCAAAUAAAGUGUAUAAUUGUU